AUGGCAUGGGGUUGGCCCGGUCUCUGGGUGCUGGUGGUCCUCUGCAGCAGCUGGCCACUUGGUCAGCAGCAUGGCACAGAGGCAGCUGGGAUCCGGGACUACUACAUCGCAGCUCAGGCUAUAGACUGGACCUAUCGCCCUCCUCAGCCCGAGGACCUCAGGUCAGAAGACUCGGGGCUUGUCUUUAAGAAAAUUGUCUACAGAGAGUAUUUUGCAGAUUUUUAUAAGGAGAAACCACGGUCAGAUAUUUCAGGACUUCUUGGGCCAACGAUACUUGCUGAAGUGGGAGACAUUUUAAAUAUCCAUUUUAAGAAUCUGGUUAACAAGCCUUUGAGCAUCCACCCACAGGGAAUUGCCUAUGGAAAACUAUCAGAAGGGGCAUCGUAUGCCGACCGGACGGCUCCGUUUGAGAAGAUGGACGAUGCUGUGCUUCCGGGCCAACAGUUCACCUACGUGUGGAAGAUCACGGAAGACGUCGGACCUACUGAGGCUGACCCGCCCUGCCUCACUCAGAUCUAUUACUCUCAUGAAAAUGUCAUCCUGGACUUCAACUCUGGCUUGGUUGGAGCUCUGCUCAUUUGUAAGAAAGGAAGCCUGACUGAAGAAAAGACUCAGAUCCUGUUUGACAAGCAGCAGGUGUUGAUGUUCGCUGUGUUUGACGAAAGCAAAAGCUGGAAACCAACACCCUCUCUGAUGUACACAGUAAAUGGCUAUGUCAAUGGGACUCUGCCAGAUAUACAAGCCUGCACCCAGGACCACAUCAGUUGGCACCUGAUCGGGAUGAGCUCCGGGCCGGAGCUGUUCUCCGUUCAUUUCAGCGGGCAGGUCCUGGAGCACCAAGGCCACAAGCUCUCCACCUUCAACCUCGUCGGCUCGACGGCUUUCACGGCCAAUAUGACCGUGAGCCAUGAGGGGAGGUGGAUGAUCUCUUCUCUCAUCCCAACUCACAUGGAAGCUGGAAUGGGUGGUUACCUCCGUGUGAAACUCUGCAACAAACCAAACAAUGGCCCUAAGAAAAUCUCCCAUUCUGAAAGACGCCAAAUGAGGAAACGGACAUACUUCAUCGCUGCUGAGGAAGUUAUGUGGAACUACGCACCCAUGAACAAAAAGCAGUUGGAUCAAAACUAUACAUCUCAGCGCUUCGACAACAUCUCCAGCCAAACUGGGAAGAUAUAUAAGAAGGUUGUCUACAAACAGUAUCAGGAUGCCUCUUUCACCAAGCACCUGGAAAACAGCAAGCCCCAGGGAUCUGGAAUAUUGGGCCCUAUUAUCAGAGCCCAGAUCAGAGAUACAAUCCAGAUCGUGUUUAAGAACUUGGCCAGCCGCCCCUAUAGCAUCUACCCUCAUGGGGUGUCGCUUUCCAAGAGUGAAGAAGCAGCGUCCUACCCUGUGGAGGCCUCAGGCAACGGCACUCUGAACAGAGCAGUCCAGCCAGGAGAAAUCUACACCUAUCAGUGGAACAUCCUGGAGUCCGAUGAACCCUCCGAGAAGGAUGCUCAGUGUGUCACAAGACCUUAUUACAGCGCAGUGGAUGUCACCAGGGACAUCGCCUCUGGCCUGAUCGGGCUCCUUCUGAUCUGCAAGAGCCGGUCCCUGAACGAACAGGGCGGACAGAUUAAAGUAGAUCUCGAACAGCAAGCUGUGUUUGCCGUCUUUGAUGAGAACAAGAGUUGGUACAUCAAGGACAAUAUCGAUAAGUUAAGCCAAGACCCUGCCAGCAUCAAACGAGACGAUCCCAGGUUCUAUGAGUCGAACGUGAUGAGCACCAUAAACGGCUUUGUGCCCGAGAGUCUUCCAGUCCUGGGAUUUUGCUUUGACGAUGUCAUCCAGUGGAACUUCUGCAGCAUAGGCUCCUGGAACACGAUUGUCACCGUUCACUUCACCGGACACUCCUUUUGGUAUGAAGGGAGACCAGAAGACGUCCUGACUCUCUUCCCCAUGAGUGAAAAAUCCGUUACCGUCCCAAUGGACAAUGUUGGAAUCUGGAUGUUAUCGUCCAUGGGCUCCAAUGAGGGGAACCGGAGUGUGGGGCUGAGAUUUAGGGUCGUCAAAUGUAUAAGGAACGAGAAAGAUGAGGCAGUUGAAUUCACAUUGAAGAAAACUGAUGGUGGGAAACCCUCUAAACCAGAAAACAAGGGAGAAAAUGAAGGGCAAAAUGGGGAUGACUUAGACUAUCAAGACGAGUUGGCUUCGAAUUAUGGAUUUGAUUUUGUCAAAAUGAAUUUGCUGCAAGAGGAAGGAAACGAGUUACUCGGUAUCCGGGCUCAGAAGAACAGCUCCCGGAGUCCUGAAACAUCUCCUGGCUUUGAUCAGUCUUCUCCACAUAACGGGAGGAGCUCUCUGGCUGAUGGCCUGUCAGAGCCUCAGACUUCUUCCCUUCAUCUCGCCUUCCCGACAGCCAGGAAUCUUCCCCAGGGUCUCCCGGGAGCAGGCGGGCAUUCCAUCGUAGAACGCUCUCUAGCAGGGAAUUCUGUGCUCCCUUCUGACCAUCAGGAGGGCACCCCGGCUUUAGAAGUGAAAGAGGUGGGAUUGUUUCCUGAUGGGGAAGCAAUGCGGCAGGAAAAUAUUGAGGAGAAAGGUGGUCAAGCAGGGACUGAGAUGUCCCGAGUUUCCAAUAAUAUGACUUUAGAAGAGGAAGGCGGUAAUGAGUCAGAAAGACACUGUCUCCCUCAGUUAGAAAUAACCUCAGCUAGCUCUUCAGAAGGCGUCACAUCAGAAGAUUCUUUGUUCCGCAGCGGUGUCCCUCCAUCCUCCGGGCUAGGAGCAAAGGGACACCCGCCCCAUCAUCUUAUACUCUCAAAAUGGAAGAAUCCAACUAAGAAGCCCGUUGAGAACUGGGACCUAGGCUCUGAGAAAGAGGGCUCGAAAACCAUUGAACGUACAGAUGAAGGCGGGUCAUUCGACAAGCUCCCCAACAGCCCCCAGUACGCCUCUAAUAAGCCCAGUAAGCCUUCUGAUCACCCAGAACUCCAAGGGAGCAAACCCAAAAUAAAAUAUGAAGAGGAAAGAGAUGGUGGGACUAGUCAGUUAAGGCCGCCCGUGGCCCUCAUUAGGACUCGAAAACAGAACAGCAGUAAACCAGCACCCCAUUCUGCAAUAUCCCCAAAGGAUUUCACCGCACAGCAGGAACAUGGAUUUGACGACACAUUUCUGCAGCCUGGACUUAAUCACCCACCCUCCCUCAAUGAGUCUGCUCUGCCGUCCCCAUCGCUAGACAUUCAUCUGACCUCCCCGUCUCCCCAGAUGGAUCAGCGUCAGCCAUUGCCUUUUUCUGAGCUAAUCUUCCAGCCAGAGGCUCUUGAUCAGCUGUCCCCAUUGCUGGACCUAAUUCAGACAAGCCAACCACAAGAGUUUAAUCAGACAAUGCCCCCCAUCAUUAGGAUGAAUGAAACACCCUCGACUGUGUCAUCUGGGCUCACUAACACGCCAAUGCCAAGGCAACUGAAGACCGAAAUUGCAGUGAGCUGGAGCAAAAGUGAUGGGGAUUAUAGCAAACGGGUUGGAAGGCAGGAAACUAAGGGCAAUAAUGAAGCACUGGCUGAUGAUGACCACAGUGACCCUUAUCAAAAUGACAGUAGGCGCAAUAAAGAGUCCUUCCCCCUUUCUAAUUUGUUCUUUCACGGCAAUCAUGGAAACCAAAGGUAUUACUACAUUGCUGCUGAGGAAGUACUUUGGAACUAUUCAGUAUUUCAGGAAAGCGGGGAAACACUGGGCCAUUCUGGAAACCUCACAGAGCCCCCCGUGUACCGAAAGGUGAUUUUCCGAAGCUACCUCGAUAGCACCUUCACAACUCCGGAUCUGCGGGGGGAGUACGAAGAGCAUCUUGGAAUCCUGGGCCCCGUCAUCAGAGCCGAGGUGGAUGAUGUGAUAAAAGUCCAUUUUAAAAACCUAGCGUCCCGGCCUUAUUCUCUCCAUGCUCAUGGGCUUUCCUACGAUAAACUCUCAGAAGGAAAGAGCUACGAAGAUGAGAUGCCUGAGUGGUUCAAAAAGGACGAUGCCGUGCAGCCAAAUAACAGUCACAUUUACAUAUGGUUUGCCAAAGAGAAGUCUGGGCCAGAAACCAAUGAAUCGGCCUGCCGGAUAUGGCCAUAUUACUCUGCUGUAAACCCGGAAAAGGAUAUCCAUUCGGGUUUGAUCGGCCCCAUCUUGGUCUGUCACAGAGGAACGCUUCGUAAACAAAGCACUCAGCCGCCUGACACCCGAGAAUUUGUCCUGCUUUUCAUGAUCUUUGAUGAAGAGAAGAGUUGGUACUCGGACCACAGAACUGGAACAGCGAAGUCCUCAGAAGAUCCAAAGCCUCACAGAUUCCACGCGAUCAAUGGGUUCGUCACCUACUUGCCAGGACUGAGAAUGUACCAGGAUGAGUUGGUGCACUGGCACUUACUAAACAUGGGCAGCUCUCAAGACCUCCAUGUGAUCCACUUUCACGGCCAGACCCUGUUGGAAGGUGGAACUCAAGCGCACCGGUUGGGGGUCUAUCCCCUCCUGCCAGGUUCAUUUCAAACUCUUCAAAUGAAAGCAGCACAACCUGGUUUUUGGCUUUUAGAGAGUGAAGUAGGAGAAUCACAAAAAGAAAGGAUGCGAGCCAUUUUCCAUAUAAUCAAUAAAGACUGCAAGAGGCCAAUGGGAUUAAGCACUGGAACUAUAUUGGAUUCACAGAUCAGUGCAUCUGGACAUCACAGUAAUUGGGAGCCUAAAUUGGCAAGAUUAAACAAAAGUGGAUUUUACAAUGCUUGGAGCACAGAAAAGUCCACUUUGAGUCCUCCCUGGAUACAAAUCGACCUCCAGAGGGAAGUUGUCCUGACGGGGAUUCAGACCCAAGGAGCCAAGCAUUAUCUCAAGUCCUACUUCACCACCCAAUUUUAUCUGACCUACAGCACGGACAAGAGGAGAUGGAAUACCUUCAAAGGGAAGAGCACUCUGAAACAGCAGAGCUUUGAUGGCAAUUCCGAUGCCUCUACAAUCAAGGAAAACAAGAUUGACCCUCCUAUUGUGGCUAAAUACGUUAGGAUCUAUCCAACUCUCUACUACCGGAGGCCUACCUUGCGUCUGGAGCUGCAGGGCUGUGAGGUACUGGGUUGUUACACACCCCUGGGAAAGGAAAGCAAGGAGAUAGCCAAAGCUCAGAUCACAGCCUCCUCCUUUAGGACGUCUUGGUGGGGGACUGCAUGGGAGCCUUCCUUUGCCCGCCUCAACGAACAAGGCCAAGUAAACGCCUGGCAGGCUGAGUCCAGUGACAACAACCAGUGGCUACAGAUCAACCUGCUCCAAACCAAGAAGAUAACAGCCAUUGCAACCCAGGGUGCCAAGUCUCUCAACAGUGAAAUGUUUGUGGAGACAUAUUCGGUUCUUUACAGCGAUCAAGGCUCACACUGGAAACCUUACACAGAGAACCUUUCUUCAGUGCCAAAGAUUCUCCCUGGAAACAUUAACACUAAUGGACUUGCCGUGAAUUAUUUCAAUCCACCGAUAUUUUCGAGGUUUAUCCGUAUCAUCCCUAAAACAUGGAAUACCAGGAUCGCACUUCGAAUAGAACUCUAUGGCUGUGACAUUUACUAGUGCUUUUCAAACCCAGGAGAGGCAGUCAGUCUAUCUGAUAGUGGAUUUGCUGCAGACCUUAAAUAUUUUCACUGUUCAUAUCAUUUACUUGUCCAUUUUCUG